CUAUCCGUCAUCCCACCUCAUUUGGCUAGUUUCGAUCACACCUCAUGUCUGACUCUAACUCGACGGCGACGGCACCAGCAGCGGCAGCGGCAGUGAACUAUGGCCCGACUAUCGGGGUGCUGCUCCUUGGUAUCUUUUUUAACACGUACUUGUAUGGAUUGGUCACAUACCAAUUCAUCUCCUACUAUCGAGCGCAGUUCAAUGACAAGUUCAUCAUCAAGUUCAUGGUUCUGUUCCUGUUCAUUCUGGACACAUUCCACAGCGCCGCAGAGAUAUGGAUGGCUUGGUUCUAUGUCGUGGAGAACUACGAUAACCCUGCGGCAUUACUCAUUGGUGCAUGGCCUCUGACGUUUACCCCCAUCGGUAACUCCCUUGCUUCGUUCAUCACUCAACUUUACCUUGGAUGGCGAAUCUGGCAGCUGAGCAAGAGUAACACGUUGGGUGGCGUUCUUUUCGUGUUCGCGUUGGCCGCAUUCAUCAUGGGGGUCUUCUGCGGUGUUGCUUCAUGGGAGAUUGCCUAUAUUCCCAACUUUGACGCUAUUAACAACCAAGUUGCUGGGUGGUUGAGUCUGCAGGUCGUCACAGAUACCUUGGUUACUGGGUCUUUGGGCUCCAUCUUAUAUCGUUCGCGCACUGGCUUUAAGAAGACAGACUCCGUCAUCAACAGACUCAUUCGUGGUGCCGUUCAGACAGGGCUGUUCGCGGUGAUCUUCUCUCUUGGCGAUCUGGUCACGUUCCUUAAGUUUCCGACAACAAACCUGUUCGGGAUGUUUGCCGUGCCGAUUGGGCGUAUCUACACUAAUACCCUUCUCGAUACACUUCUAUCUCGUCAGCAGCUACGAAGCCAGCUUGCUGGUGGUGCUGUCAACAUGGAUUCAAUGAGCGGGUUUUCGGGCGGUCUCUCGAGUGGGUUAAGCGGGGGACAGCAGGGCCAUAGCAUUCAGUUGGAUGUCCGCAAGAACGUGGAGGUAGUUUGCGACAACGAGUCUUUCGAUGCCAAGAGGGCCCCUGUCUAAACGGGAAUUAGCUGUCGCUGGGGCUGAUUUCUGCCAUCUUUGAGGUCUGGCUAAUUUCAAAACGGAGGGAUGUCUAGCCGCUUCCCUUUCUGCUGCGGACUGGUCUACGUCUUAUAGGUUCAAAAGCU